AAACACAAAGAAACCUGAAUGAGAAAAAAUUGAAUUUUCUUUGCGAGAUUUCCAGAGUUAGAUCUCGCGAUAAGUCCGCUUAGCAACGGGGAUGUUUUCCUUGGAUACCACGGCGUUGUAAGGUAGGAGUAAAGAUUUCCAUUCCUAUGCAGUCCCUGGAUGAAAAGCAGCUCAGCCCUGGCCCAUCUCUGUGGAACCUGAUCACGGAGCAUGUUCAUUGCUCAGAGGUGCCAAAGAUCUGUGCAGCACUGGGCCACUCCCUGGUGGACAUGUACAUAGAGUUACACUCUGAGAAGUUGCCCUCUUUGCAGGCAGAGAUGUGCUACAAGAUGUGGCAGCAGACCCAGCAGGGCGGGAGCCGUGGCAGCAGGGCAGGUACCUCGACCCCAUGUGGGCAGGGCACCUCCUUAUCUGAGCCCCCAGCAGUGAAAGAGCUGCUGAGAGCCGAGGUCAAGAUGCUGCUACAGACGCUGAGAGAACGAGCCAGCGGAGGAGGAGGGAGAGAUGGCGAGGAGCUGCUGCUUCGCUACAAUCCAGACACUGUGAAUUAUGCACUUGGCCACCGUGACACCUGGUUCCCUGGUAGCAGCUCUGGAGAGACUGAUAACGGAAGCGAAGCAGGAAACACAAUCAGCAUUGAAGAUGAGAUGAAGGCAGUGAGUGACAAGCUGAACGCCACUGAUAUUGACCAAGUGGUGGACCGCCUCAAGUCUGUGAUGCUGGAGGAAUGUGAUGUGCUGAAGAGACGGGUGCAGGGUUUAAAGGCUAAUAUUAACCAGAAGUACAGACGUAAAAGUGAAUUUCCUAAACCAGAACCUUCCCUUGUGGACCUCAGAGAGCUGAGAGCAGCUGUGCAAAUGGACCUGGACCUUUACCCUUCCUCACUUGCUGCUCCAUCUACAGACUCGUUUCAUCUUCCUGUAAAGGGACUGGAAAACAAGUGGAGAGCCUCAGCAGGACACGUGGCGUCCGAUGAGACCCUGCAAGUUGUAAAUGCUACAUCGGUCCUAAGACCACAUCCGCCGCGUCCUCUGUGCUGUGCUGAUCCCAGGCCACCAGCUGGGCCUCCUCACACUCACACGUCAAGGUCGCUCAGACCAGUCCGUAUUUCUACACCGCCUGUGACUCAUGGGCAACAUAGGAGAAUAUCAUCUGCCGGUGAAUCAAAUGGCACACGUGCCUGCAUGGAGAUCACCACUUCAGAGGAGGCGAACGGCCAAUUCACCACUGACCAGAUGAAUAAAUGUGAACACAGCAGACUGUCUCCUGAGCCAGGUGGUGCUGGUCUCCAUCGCAGGGACUCCACCUCUAGUCUUAGAUUGCAAAUCAAAACUCAGCCAAUGUUACCUGCCCAGGAAGCGCAUCUGUCUUCACAUUGCAGCCGUCAGGGUCUGAAUGAGGAGUUGGAUUUAUUACCAUUUACAGAGAGGACAGGCUCUGUGUGGAGGUCAGGAAACACCAGUAGCGCCCCCUCACUGGUUCCAGUUCUCUCCAGUCUGUGUGGAGCAGGCAGUCACCGCAGCAGCAGCAGCACCGGCGACUUCAAGUCCACGACACAAAAGAGACAACAUAAAGGUUCCUGUGGAGGUAGUUUUGUGUCAACAGUCGAGCAGACAGACGAUAGAGUAAAGACCACUGGUCAGAGCUUGUGUUCACAAAAUGACAUGAUGAGCAACAGUGGAAUUGAAAGUGGUGAUGUGAGGAAGGACAGGGACCCACAGCAAUGCCCGACAGAUCACUUACGCCAUCUGGAAAGCAGCAGCAGCAGCAGCAGCAGCGAUCAACAGAGGAGGAGCAGAUGCAGGCGCCUAGUUGCUGUUCAGACAAAGACACCGUUCUUCUCUUCUCCUAUAAGACCACAUGGGGGCAUCGCAGCUCAGACAAAACGGCUCCAGGAGACACAGACACAGAUGGAAAUGAUCAACACGUUCCAUCAGCCAGUCCCUCCAGCAAGAGUCCCCACUUAAAGCACACCGCUGGAACCGCAUGCACUGAGAUGCAUGCAUGUGAAUGAAUGCAUGUGUCAGCAUCUCCAGAAAGCAUGAAUUAAACUGAAUUCAAACAUUCAGUUUUCCAUGAACUGAAGGAGAGUGUGUAACAGCUUGUAUAAUUGCAGGAUGAAUAAUUACAGUUCAACAUUAAUAUCUAAAGGCAGGAAACUGCUGGUGUUGACGUCUGCAUCACCUUGACGCGAGAAACAGGAGGCGUCGAUGAACCACUGUUUGACAACUGUCCUGCACUGUCGCACGUCAUCAGACCGAGUGUUACUGGAAAGGUUGAAAUGAAAGUGACUUCAAAAAAUAAAGUGGAUUUGAGUAUGA